ACACCAGCGAGCGGAACUGUUCCCUUGACGGCCAUUGUCAGCAUUUUCAUGCACGACCGUUGCAAUACGAAAGUUUCUGCAACAGGCGAUUUUCCCUUUCCCUUCCUCUCUCUUGUCUCAGCGAUCACUAUAUAAAUAUGAAGAAAUCAUGUCAUUGCAACUGAAGGAUCAGACAUAUCGUUCACUGCAAAAAACUCCAACCCAGCAUUCACCCUAUCCUGUCAUCCCGAUCAGACCCAUCGGCCUGAUUAGCAAACAUCAGCAUGGCCAAGUUCAUCCGACUACCCGAUCUAGAGGCCGGUUGGCGAUGGCCUCGUCAAGUCAACAUCCACACGGCCGACAUCAAACAAGAAUGCCUCGACUGGGUGUCUAGUUUCGGGGCAUUCACCCCCCAGGCACAGAAGGCCUUCGACAAAUAUUUGCUGGCUGGUCUGAUGUACCCGCGAUUGGACAGAGAACAAUUGAGGUGUACGUGUGAUGUCAUGAACCUCUUCUUCAUCUUUGACGAGCACUCCGACAUAUCCGAACCGGCCGAUGUAUGGAAUCAAGUCGACAUCUUGAUGGAUGCUCUGCGCAAUCCCGAAAUGCCACGCCCAGCCGGAGAAUGGGUCGGCGGCGAGAUUGCGCGACAGUUUUGGAUUCGAGUGGCUGGGAUCUCAACCAGGUCAUUCCAGCAGCGGUUCCUUGCAAGCUGGGAGAAGUACCUGAAAGGAACUGCACAACAGGCAGAAGAUAGGUUCCGCUCUCACAUCCGCACCGUCCCCAGCUAUCUCGAGGUUCGGCGGCAAACCAUUGGAGUGAUGCCCUCUCUGGCCUUCUUCCAGAUGGAAAUGAACCUGCCAGAUGAGGUGCUAACGCAUCCCACUAUCAGAGCAUUAGAGACGCUCGCGGUGGAUCUGACUAUCAUUGCUAAUGAUGUGCUGUCAUACAACAAAGAACAAGCCUCUGGCGACUAUGGGCAUAACCUCAUCAGCAUUAUUAUGAAAGAGUGUCGUUUUAGUCUACAGGAAGCGAUUGACUGGGCCGCGAGGAUACAUGCCAAGCUCGUACAGCAAUUCAAUCAGGCGGUUCUCGUAGUGCGCCGUUGGGGUGGUCCCGUCGACUUGGAUAUCCAGAUAUAUGUAGACGGCAUUGCUCAAUGGGUCGGUGCCAAUGUCCAGUGGAGUUUCGAGAGCGAGAGAUACUUUGGGAAACACGGCCUCGAAAUCAAGGAAUCUCGCAUCCUAGAGCUGCUGCCCUCGAAAGUGGAGGCGCGAGUCGAGACGGGUCCAUUUGUCGUCAACAAUCUGUUGUCACGGGGGCCUGAUGACAUAUUUCCUGAAGUGUUCGAGAUGGUACGAGGAUUCUGAAGAUACUUAGUUGCGUACAUCUCUACGACUAGUGCUCAGAGAUCCUUGUACGUGCGUGCGUGAGGCAAUGAGGAACAAAAUACAAACUACAUGCGUGUCAGCUGACUAAAUCCACGGUUGACGCGACAUCUAUGCUACCUGUGCGACGUA